AGCAGAGAAUUAGAUUUUAUACUCCACCUCUGACUCCUCUAACAAAUAAACAAUCAAAAGUUCCAUCAAUCAUUACAAGAGAAAGGACAUUAUCUUUAUUAGACAGGUAAUAAAAUGUGUAUUGUCAUAUUUCAUCAAAAUGAGUGUGUUUGAUGAUGUAGCUUCUCUUAUGAAUGAAAUUAUAAGAGAAUUUGAUGCAAGUCAAUCUAUUUUGUCUCUAAAAACUAUUGACAAAGAGGAUAUUGAAAUACCUGAUGAUAUCAGUCAAAUACAAAACUUACACGAUGUAAUCAUACAAGAUUUAGAAAAUACGAAACGCUAUUUAGAACAACAUAUUGGUAUAGUAGAGAAAACGGAAUUAAUUAUGAAUAUAUUGAAUUAUAAAAUGUAUGAGAUACAGUACACGUUCCGUACGGAAUUCGAUAAGCUUACAAGUAGACAGGAAAAAUUAAUUGAGACGUCAAAACAAGGCCCCGAAAACUCGAAGAUCGCUUUGGAGGUCGUCGAAAUUACAGAUGAAAUAUCAAAGUUAGAGGAAAAUCAUCAAAAUGAGCUGGAAAGCCUUAAGGAACAGAAAAUUGAUGCUCAAAAAGCCUACGAAAGAGCUGUUCAGGAAAUGGACGAACAUUUAGAAUUAUUUUCUAAGGGACUUAACAAACUCUUACUUUUGAUUGAAGCUGAAAAAUCUAUUUCUGGCGAUUCCGCAAGCAACGUAACUUCUUCGAAAUUUUCAAAAGAAAUUAAUGACUUCAAGGCAGACCUCGACAAAUACACUGAACUCCAAACUACCGGGUGGAAAGUGUUGUAUUUAGAAGAGAAAAUAUCAGCACUUUUACAACAACGUGGUCUUAAAUUAUUACAAUCUGGACUAUUAGUAAACGAUGAAGGUAUAGCGCUAUCAUACAUCGAUGCCAAAUCUUCAAAAUUGUUGGAUAAUUUGAACCCGGAUAUGCUUAAGGAACUGAAAUCUAAUAUGCAAAUUACCGGAGACGUCCUAAGUCAAAGCGACAAAUCCGACGUUUCCAACAUUAGUAAAAUGUCAUCUGAAGAUGUUAAUUAUUUAAAAGAGUGUUUAGGAAAGCCUUUAACGCUAGCGUUGGCCGAAAUUACCGCAGUGCAGCCAAGAGAUCCCAUCCAUUAUCUAGGACAUUGGCUUUUUAAGUACAGAUAUAACCAACAAACUGAAUACAUAAACGACGCGGAGAUUGACAAUUUGAAUAAAAUCAGAAUGCAAAUCGCUCAAGAAAAAUGGCAUAAAUUUGUUGAGGAAGAGGCAAAAGCAGCUGUAAUAGACAUGAUAACACACGCUGAAGAAAUUGCUGUAAUGAAUGAACUAAGGAGGAUUGCACUGGAAGCUGCAGCUAAUGAAGAGUUAGAGAGAGAUGAGUAUGAAGCUAGAGAUGUAAUGGGCACUUACAAUGGACCACAAACUGGACAAAUUCCUUACUGAGGUUGAAUAAAAUGAAGUAAUACACUUUAAAUUGUUAUUAUUUAUUAAAAUAGCCUUUAAA